CGGAGACGCUGUCACAGCUCUGAUCCCUCUCCUGUUUCUUGGAACAAGACGGAGACAAACUGUCCUCCACCGACGGCCGCCGGGUGGAGAGCCCCUGUAGAUGUCUGUGCCUGAGUUUGAACUUUUCUCACUUUCCCCCGCAAUUUCGCCACGCCGUUUGUGCCUCGCCCUGCUGCCCGCGAGACGGAGAGGAGCAUGGCAGAGAAGCGGAGGUCCCCGUGCGCGCUGAGCGUCAAGGCGCACGCCUUCUCGGUGGAGGCGUUGAUCGGGGCUGAAAAGCGACGCAGGACAAGCGGGGAGGAUGUUGCGGCGUCUCCGGGCGGCUACGAGGGUGGAAACGAGGUUUCGGAUUUAACCGGGAGUCCGGCACUGAGAGGCGGCAGAGCGUGCAGCAGCGACCGGGGCAGUGAGGCUGAAUGUACCAGCGACGGAUCCCCAGAGAGCGAGGACGCCCUGCUGGAGAGCCCGCAGCCCGCAUCCACGCUGUGCGCGGCGGCGCCCGGAGCCGGCGGCGGGGAGGAGACCCGCGUGGAGCUGCAGGGCUCGGACCUGUGGAAGAGGUUCCACGAGAUCGGCACGGAGAUGAUCAUCACCAAGGCCGGACGGCGGAUGUUCCCCGCAAUGCGUGUGAAGAUUUCGGGCCUGGACCCCCAUCAGCAGUAUUACAUUGCCAUGGAUAUAAUCCCCGUGGACAACAAGCGAUACAGGUACGUGUAUCACAGCUCCAAGUGGAUGGUAGCGGGAAACGCCGACUCCCCCGUCCCCCCCAGGGUGUACAUCCACCCGGACUCUCCGGCCUCAGGAGAAACUUGGAUGCGUCAAGUUGUCAGCUUUGACAAGCUCAAGCUGACCAACAACGAGCUGGACGACCAGGGACAUAUUAUUCUGCACUCCAUGCACAAAUACCAACCCCGGGUCCACGUCAUCCACAAGGAGUUUGGAGAGGAGCUAUCUCCGGUGAGAGCCAUCCCCGCUGGGGAGGGAACGCGCACCUUCUCCUUCCCCGAGACCGUUUUCACCACCGUCACGGCAUAUCAGAACCAGCAGAUUACAAGGCUGAAAAUUGACAGAAACCCAUUUGCCAAAGGCUUCAGAGAUUCUGGCAGAAACCGGAUGGGCUUGGAGGCGUUGGUGGAGUCCUACGCGUUCUGGCGUCCGUCUCUGAGAACACUCACGUUUGAGGACAUCCCCGGGAUGGCCAAGCAAGGAAUCCCAGGAACUCACGGAGGAGUUGGAACACCAUCUCAUCUGCUCUCCACAUCCCCGUGCUCGUCGCCUUUCCAGGUUUGCCCUCUCAGUCCUCCGGACUACAGCUGUAGUCGGCCCACGCACCCCCUCCACUGCUACGGCAACACCCCCGAGCCGUUCCCCCCUCCCAGAGGUCCGUCCGGCUACGAAGGUGAAGGAUUUCGCUCCCUCGCUCUCCCCGCGGCUCAGCUGGGCUACCUAUCCAACCCCGCCCCGCAGGGCUACGCUGGCCUGCGCCUCCACACACCACCCUACAGCCUGUACGGUUACACAUUCCCGCCCUCGCCACGUCUCGCUGCCAGCCCCGACAAGAUGGCCACCGCCAGCCACCAGAGUCCGUUUCACGGCUCGUCUCCCAGCGGGACCUUAACGGACAGCCUCGGCGUGCUCGGCGGAGGACAGCAGGGCUUCCUGUUCGACUCCCGGACUUUAGGAGUGGCAGGUAGCCAGCCGGGAGGAGGUGCAUCGCAGGUCACAGCCCACAUGGGAUGAAUUUAAUCCCCAGCUUUUUUCAGGAAAAGCUGGUUACACCUUGCUACGGGUGCAAGUGUCUUUUGGUCCAGAGCAUUCUAUGAAUUGAGUUCCCGUGUACCUGACCUGAGAAGAAGGACAGAUCAAAUAAACACACGAACGUCUCAAAGUUUUAUUUGGGGAAUGUUUCCUAUCUUGUGAGCGCGGUACUUGCAUGGCGCAAGGAUGCGUGUGUGAGGAAAUAACAAACGGACGGGGCUAAAUCUGGGCAGGUCCAGAGAAUCAAAGAGAGCACUUCAAUUUCCUGACAGGAAGCCCCCCAACACAUUAACCGUAGACCUUUUCACCACAGUUACUUUCAAGACGGAGCAUGAAGGGUGCCGGCGGACUGAGACCGGGGAGGGAGGUUAACGUUUCAUCUGCCACAUCUCUGAACUACACGUGAAAUCACUGUGACCAACAGAGGGGGAGGAAUCGCUCUGUGUUUAUUGGUUGACGGGAAUCCGAGAGGGGCUACGGUAGCGUCUUAUCUGGUUGACUCUGGUUGAGUUCGUGUGUAAACUCCUUGACGAGGCGCGGAGCCCCUUCUGGUUCGCGCCACUUACAAAAACAAGAACGAUCACUUCAUUUGUUAAAAUAUUUGUUUCUUUCCUUUUUAUGUCUGUGUUUUGUUUGCACCAACCACUGUGUAGAAGACCUAAUGAUGUCCACACAGCUCUCUCUGUUUGUAGACUGAACUGCUAGAACGCCACAUGCCUGAGUUUGUACUGAUACACACUAUAUGCAGGGCUUUUUCACCACUCGGACUAAAAAACACACCAAAGCCUUUUUUCUUAUUCUUAUCCAACAUCUGGGGCUUGACAAAUGUUAACAAGAUGACAUCAUGCUGAUGAGAAACCAUCUGAGAUCUCCCUGUUUUGGACUAAACUGUUGUAAAAAUACACAUAACAAACUAACUUGCUUACUCUACAUCUGGUCAGGACAGACGCCUGCUCAGUUCGGGUCUUUGAAAAACACAGCUUUCCUGGAGAGAGAGCCACCUCCACGUGGACGCAACUCAGAGGAGGACGGCUGGACGAGCAGACGUGUUUACAAAGAGCCUUCGCACUUAAAAAAAAAAAAGACAAAAAAAAUCAACAAUGCACCUGUUUUUGAUCUUCAGGCUGGGUCAGGUGCACGGACGUCCACCUUUAAACUUGGCCCACAGCUUUUCUUUGAAGUCAAACCACGGAGAGCCUGCAGAGGCCGACCCGAUUUGUGAUCUUUUUCAAGCCAAAAUAAAAUAAUAUCUGUUAAUAUGACGAUGUUUGCGGCCUUUCUCGCUCACAUAACCGCAUGUGGUUUUAUUAACACGCAUCAGUUAAAUCCAGCACUGGCCCCUUAAGA